ACAACAGCGGUGCGUUGUCAUGAUCCAUACAAAUAAAGUCCCAACAGUUAGAUACAGAACAGUGUUUGCACCCCGAAGGCAGUCAUGAGGAGAAAAAACGCCAUCUGAAUGGCUUGUGGGACUUUUCGAGUUUCCCAUUAAUCGACGCAAACAGCACAAUUGCCGUUAGAAGAACAGUUGUGAUUGUAAGAUGAAUUUCUCUGAAGUCUUCAAGCAAACCAACCAGCUUUGUAAAGUUUCCCCAGAUGGAAAGUAUUUGGCUACCUGUGUGCAGUACAGGCUGGUGGUGCGAGAUGUGAGCACCUUGCAGAUCCUGCAGCUGUACACAUGCCUGGACCAAGUAUCUCACAUGGAGUGGUCUUCUGACUCUCUGUUUAUUCUCUGUGCCAUGUACAACAGAGGACUGGUGCAGGUGUGGUCUCUGGAACAGCCAGACUGGCACUGCAAGAUUGAUGAGGGCUCAAUAGGACUAGUCUCCUCACGCUGGAGUCCAGACGGACGUCACAUUCUCAACACCACCGAGUUCCAUCUCAGAGUCACCGUCUGGUCCUUGUGCACCAAAGCUGUGUCUUACAUCAAGCAUCCCAAAGCGUGUCAGAAGGCUGUAGAUUUCAGCAGAGAUGGGCGCUACAUGGCCUUGGCUGAACGCCGCGACUGCAAAGACUACGUUUGUGUGUUUGUGUGUGACGACUGGCACCUACUCAGGCAUUUUGAGACGGAGACGCAGGACCUGGCAGGACUGGAGUGGUCUCCCAACGGCUGUGUGCUGGCAGUGUGGGACAGCUGUCUGGAGUACAAGGUGCUGCUGUAUUCUCUGGACGGCCGGUUACUGUCGACCUACAGCGCCUAUGAGUGGUCGCUGGGCGUCAAGUCCGUGUCCUGGAGCCCGAGCAGCCAGUUCCUGGCCAUCGGCAGCUACGAUGAGAAAGUUCGCAUCCUCAAUCACAUCACGUGGAAGAAAAUCGCACAGUUUGAGCACCCUGCGAUUCUCGACAGCACAAAAGCUACUGUUUAUAAGGAAGUGGAGAAAAGGCCAGCUGUUGGCAGUGACGAAAUGUCGCUGCACAGCAUCACAAUUGGCACAACUCUCUUCAACACCCAGAGCAAAUAUGAGAUCAGCCCGCUGCCGGUCCAAAUCCCUGUGGUCAAACCCGAUCCAGACCGAGCCAACCCAAAGAUUGGCAUCUCCGCUCUGGCAUUCAGCUCAGACAGCCGCUAUCUAGCCACCAAGAAUGACAACAUGGCCACUGCUGUGUGGGUGUGGGACAUGCAGAAGAUGAGCCUGCAGGCCGUGCUGGAGCAGACUUCGGCCGUUCGUUGCUUCCAGUGGGACCCUCUACGCCCCCGACUGGCUCUGUGUACGGGCAACGCCAAACUCUACCUGUGGUCCCCGGGAGGCUGCGUUUCUGUUCAAGUCCCCGCUGAAGGUGGUUUUCAGGUCCAGUCCCUGAACUGGCACUGCAGUGGAGACUCUGUGAUCCUGCUUGGAAAGGAGCAGCUGUGUUUGUGCUACAUGGACACUGACCAGGAAGACAAGUAAAACACACAAAAACACCUCAGGAUUAGCUGGAUUACAGUUCGGGCUGAUUUAGCCGGACAGCACUUGUUGUAAGAUGAAGAAGAACGGACCAGUCGGAACACUCCUGAAAAGCUUUCGUUUGUUGGACUGUAGCUGCUCACCAGGUUUUAAAGGUACUCGGUGUAGGGUGAUGGAAUGCUCCUUUUUCAUUCCUCCUGAAUGACUCUUUUUGAGAAAAUAAAUUGUACUGAGCACUAGCUGCAAACACUGUGAGAAUAUGAAAGUUUACACAUCUUUACAGAUUUCACUGUAGUCUUAGUGAAAGUAUUUUGUAUGUGUAUUACCAUGAGAUUGUAAUUAUUUUUGAAUAAAUUUUGUCAUAAAUAA